UCAGUCAUAGAGACGGUAAAGGUUUCGUGGUUCUUCGAAACGUUUUUACUUUUGCGGUGUGUGUAAAAUUUUGUUGUUCGAAAAAUUGUUAUUUUUUCUGCAUAAUGUGCAAUCUAUUCGAACUGAUCGGUUAGCUGGUUUUGGUGUUCGUAGUCUUGUGUCAGACUAUACACAUCUUGUAUUGAAAGUGGACUUGUGGCUACGAAAAUAAUCGAAAGGUUGUUUAAAAAAACUUGGUGUUUCGCGUAAAAAAUUUUUGUGAAAAAAAAACAGUUUGUUUGAUAAGUUGAACUUGAAUUUAACGCUGGCUCUAUUUUUAUGGAUUAUCUGACUAUGGCAGACGAAAUUACUGGAUUAUUUAAUGAAUAGCCUCCUUAAUGAAUGGUCACAUACAAUGGGCCAAGAGAAAUCAUUGCCGGACCGGUGUAAUACUUCUCAAGACUACCAUUCAACAGCAACGACCAUUCAACGACCACCAUCUCGAGCACCGUCUACAGCGACGACAAAAUCCUCAAGGUCAACCUAUUCGACAGCCGAAAAACAGGCGAAAUAUCUCAAAGAACAAUUGUACAUAAAAUCGUAUCUAGACAUUGUAGAACAAGAUCAAACAGCUAAAACUCAUUUUCAACCGGCCAAACCAGGCAUUCGUAAUUAUACGCCAAAAAUUUACGUGGACAAGCCACGGCAGAAGGACGUUGAUGUUUGGAUAUAAAAAUUUAAAGAUUUCGUUUUAGUGUUUUUUUGAUUGAAAGAAAAGCGAGGAAAAGAAAAUGAGUUUUGCAUUAACAUCGAUAGCAUCGUUGGCGGCCGGACCAGUGACAAUGUUAGGUUUAAUUCCGAUACUUGCGAUCGGUAUGAAUUAUUAUCGGUAUCAAAGUGUCGAUCCGGAAGGGCGACCAAUCGACGCGACAAAGAUUCGUCGACAUUAUGACUUCAUUGUGGUCGGUGCUGGUUCUGCAGGUGCGGUGAUGGCAUCACGUUUAUCAGAACACAGAAACUGGUCGGUGUUACUAAUAGAGGCCGGUGGUGAUGAAACCGAAAUAUCUGACGUUCCAGCACUCGCUGGCUAUCUUCAGUUGACGGACUUGGAUUGGCAAUAUCAAACUGCGCCGCCGGAUAAUCGAGCCUACUGUCAGGCGAUGAUAGGUGACAGAUGCAACUGGCCUCGUGGAAAAGUGAUGGGCGGUUCCAGUGUGCUGAAUGCAAUGGUUUACGUUCGUGGUAAUAAAAGGGACUACGACUAUUGGGAGGAGCAAGGCAAUCCAGGCUGGAGUUACAACAACGUUUUGUACUAUUUCAAAAAGUCAGAAGACAAUCGAAACCCGUAUCUGAACCAAGGAAAAUAUCAUGGUACUGGAGGAUAUCUUACUGUGCAAGAAUCGCCAUGGCGAACCCCAUUGUCAUUAGCUUUUGUAAAAGCUGGAACGGAAUUGGGCUACCUGCACAGAGAUUGUAAUGGCGAAGAACAGACUGGCUUCAUGUUGACACAAGCAACGCUAAGACGUGGUACAAGAUGCAGCACUUCGAAGGCGUUUCUACGACCCGUUCGACAACGGAAAAACUUGGAUAUUAUCAUGCGUUCACAGACAACAAAAAUUUUGAUCGAUUCUAACAACCGCGCUUAUGGCGUUGAAUUUAUGAGAAAUGGACGGUUGGAGUCAGUCUAUGCAAAAAAGGAAGUAAUUCUAUCAGCGGGAGCAAUCAACAGUCCUCAAUUGUUGAUGCUCAGCGGUAUCGGUCCAAAAGAACACUUACGGGAGCAUAACAUUCCAGUUCUGGUUGAUUUACCAGUCGGUCACAAUCUUCAAGACCAUGUCGGAUUAGGUGGUUUGACCUUUGUCGUCAACGAACCCGUUACAUUUACGAAGGCGAGAUUUCAAACCGUUCCCGUUGCCAUGGACUAUAUUCUGAAUGAACGAGGUCCGAUGACAAUGCACGGAGUGGAAGGCGUGGCUUUUGUCAAUACAAAAUAUGCUGACCCAUCAGGCCUAUGGCCAGACGUUCAGUAUCAUUUCGCACCGAGCUCAAUCAGCUCCGACGGUGGAGAGCAAAUUAGGAAAAUAUUAAAUCUUCGCGAUGGCGUGUACAAUACGGUCUACAAACCGCUUGUCAAUUCAGAAGCAUGGACAAUAUUGCCAUUGUUAUUGCGGCCGAAAAGUUCCGGCUGGGUUCGACUGCGCAGCAACAAUCCGCUGCAUAAACCGAUAAUCGAACCGAAUUACUUUGCCCAUCGUGAGGACAUCGAUGUUCUGGUCGAAGGCAUUAAGAUAGCAAUUAACAUUUCUGGAACGCCAGCAAUGCAACGUUUCGGAUCACGUCCACACUCAAUACCCUUUCCCGGAUGUCGGCAUCUUGAAUUCAUGUCGGAUGCAUACUGGGAAUGUUCGUUGAGGCAGUUCACAUUUACCAUUUAUCAUCCAACCGGUACAUGUAAAAUGGGACCAAAUUAUGAUGAGAAAGCGGUUGUGGAUCCACGGCUACGCGUAUAUGGCGUAUCGGGUCUUCGAGUUGUGGAUGCUAGUAUUAUGCCAACGAUUAUCAGCGGAAAUCCGAAUGCACCGACAAUAAUGAUUGGUGAAAAGGGCGCAGAUUUGGUGAAGGAAGAUUGGGGCAUUAGGAAAAUCGGUGGAUGAAAUUCUAGUUUUACUGAACGACCUUUGAAUGAUGGAAUCUUUGUAUAACCAUUUAUCAGCACAAUGCGUCCCGAACGGUGGCCCCCGUGCGUGCUUUACUCAGAUAGAGAAGCUACAAUUAUGCUACCCAUUUUGUGGUAAUGUUGUAAAUACUUUUGUUUUUGUUAAUUAGUUCAUAAUGUGCCUUCAAUACAAGCGACAAACUUUACGUUAAAAAACGUGGCUGUACGUUAGAAUUGCUCCUAUGUGAUAAUGAAAAUUUUACCAUUUAAAUUAGCUGAUAAGACGAAACCAAUUUUAUUGUUGAAAUAAAUGAAGCUGUCGUUUCUAAAAUGAGAGACUGUCACAUUGUAGAUUGUUUGUUG